AGUGCUCACCGAAUCGUUUCGCGAUCUGCGUGGCAAACUAGACAAACCAAUUGCAAUGGCACGAGAAGUGAUUUUGAAACACUCGUUGAGCGAACGUUUUGUUGAAGCAUUUACGCGACAGAUUGCGCUGAACUCAAAAUUCGACUACAGUGAACCGGAGCGCUUAGAACCCUGUUUGGGAUGCUCGGCAGAACUGUCAAACAUCAAGUUGUGGAAGCAGUGCCUGGAUAACAUCGAGGAUGAUGUGGAUCCCGAGGGACAUCCAAGACCUCAGUGCGCACAGUGCUACUGCAGACCUAUGUGGUUGGUUCCUUUGUUCGUCUUUUCUUCCGUAAAUUUGGCUGCUCCCACCUACGUUUUGCGGGCAGUGCAGAAACGCAGUUGCACCUACACAGUAACACAGCUGCAUUGA